UCUCCCAGGAGGCCCAGCGUGGGCUGUGGCCCAGGUCCUUGCCAUGGAAUCCAUGUUUGAAGACGACAUCAGCAUCCUGACCCAGGAGGCCCUAGGGCCCAGUGAGGUGUGGCUGGAUGGCCCUGGAGACCCCUCACUGGGGGAAGACAUGUGUUCUGCAUCUCACUUUGCCCUCAUCACAGCCUAUGGAGACAUCAAGGAGCGACUGGGAGGCCUGGAGAGGGAGAAUGCCACCCUCCGCCGCCGGCUGAAAGUCUAUGAGAUCAAGUACCCACUGAUCAGUGACUUUGGAGAGGAGCAUGGCUUCUCUCUGUAUGAAAUCAAGGAUGGCUCCCUGUUAGAAGUGGAGAAAGUCAGUUUACAGCAACGGCUCAAUCAGUUCCAGCAUGAGUUGCAGAAGAAUAAGGAGCAGGAAGAACAGCUUGGGGAGAUGAUCCAGGCUUACGAGAAACUCUGCGUGGAGAAGAGUGAUCUAGAGACGGAGCUGGGGGAGAUGCAGGCCCUGGUGGAGACCCACUUGCGGCAGAUCUGUGGUUUGGAACAGCAGCUACGGCAACAACAAGGCCUCCGGGACGCAGCCUUCCCUAGCCUGAGCCCUCCAUCUCAGACCCCCUCUCUGCCCUGUGCUGAUCUGGACCUACACUACCUGGCACUGAGAGGGGGACCUGGCCUUAGUCAUGGAGGCUGGCCUGGUCCCUCACCUAGUGUGAGUGACCUGGAGCGGCGGCGGCUGGAAGAGGCUCUGGAGGCUGCCCAGGGAGAGGCUCGGGGGGCUCAGCUCCGGGAGGAGCAGCUCCAGGCAGAGUGUGAGCGGCUCCAGGGGGAACUAAAGCAGCUGCAGGAGACCCGAGCCCAGGAUUUGGCCUCCAACCAGUCGGAGCGAGACAUGGCGUGGGUGAAAAGAAUUGGCGACGAUCAGGUGAAUUUGGCGCUGGCCUACACGGAGCUGACGGAGGAGCUGGGCCGGCUUCGGGAGUUGAGUUCCCUGCAGGGGAGGAUCUUGAGGACACUGUUGCAGGAGCAGGCCCGGAGUGGCGGCCAGAGGCACUCGCCGCUGUCGCAACGCCACUCCCCAGCCCCUCAGUGCCCUUCCCCAUCCCCGCCUGCCCGGGUGCCCCCAUGCCAGUCCCCCGCCCCCCAGCGCCGCUCCCCUGUACCCCCAUGCCCGUCGCCCCAACAGCGGCGGUCGCCCGCCUCGCCCUCCUGCCCGUCGCCUGUCCCGCAGCGCCGCUCCCCGGUGCCGCCUCCAUGCCAGUCCCCCAGCCCGCAGCGCCGUUCCCCCGCGCCCCCAGCCUGCCCGGCCCCCCAGCCGCGGCCGCCGCCACCCCCGCUGCCCGGGGAGAGGACGCUGGCCGAACGGGCCUACGCCAAGCCGCCCAGCCACCACGUGAAGGCGGGCUUCCAGGGCCGGCGCAGCUACUCGGAGAUGGCGGAGGGCGCAGGCUACGCGGGCGCCUCCCAGCCCUGGCUGCAAGCCGAGGCCGCCACGUUCCCCAAGCCCCGGGCCUAUGGUGGCGAGCUCUACGGCCCAGGCAGGCCCCUCAGCCCGAGGCGCGCCUUCGAGGGCAUCCGCCUGCGCUUUGAGAAGCAGCCUUCGGAGGAGGAGGAGUGGGCUGUGCCGGCCAGCCCACCCAGCCCGGAGGCCGGCACCAUCCGCUGCGCCUCCUUCUGCGCCGGCUUCCCCAUCCCCGAGUCGCCGGCCGCCACUGCCUAUGCCCACGCUGAGCACGCGCAGUCUUGGCCGUCCAUCAAUCUGCUGAUGGAGACAGUGGGCUCUGACAUCCGCAGCUGCCCCCUCUGCCAGCUGGGUUUCCCUGUCGGGUACCCGGAUGAUGCCCUCAUCAAACACAUUGACUCCCACCUGGAGAACAGCAAGAUCUAG